AGCAGGCCGAGUUUUUCUUGGCUAUCCCCUUUUGCAUCGUAUUUUUAGUUGUAUUGUUUCUUUACAUCAUUAUAUUACGAGAUAUAUCGCGACAUGAAAGUGCACACUCUUGAACGUCGUCAUGGUAUCAAGCUGUAGUACAGUGCAGUCACUGGAAUGGAUUUGCCCUUAAAAAACAUGUACGAGACAUUCAAAGAUGAAAUCUGGAAAGAGCUGGGACCACUGGAUGACAACUGGUUUGACAUACUGACUGCUCAAACGUCGGCGAAUGAGGGCAGCGGCUCUGAUCAAGAUGAGCUAUGUGCCAAUCAGGAGGGACAUUUUAAAACCCCUUUAGACAAAACUGCAGUAGACAGUCAGCUGUUUUCUACUCCUAAAGUUUUCAGACACAGUCGAAUUGUGUCACCUGAAAUUGAGGAUGAGCAGUCGUUCUCUACUACACAAGAAAAUGAUUCAUUGCCAUGGACGGAAACACAAAGUCCAUACGUGUUUCAGAUGUCAAAAAAGGGGGUUCCUGAUACAAAAUAUGAGGAAAUCCAACCUCUGAGUCAGGACAAUUUUGAUCCACUUGAUACCCCACAUAAAUCUCCAAUGAGCUAUGCCAAGCAUAUUUCUGAAAGUCUUGGUGCACAGAUUAACCCUGAUAUUUCAUGGACCAGUUCUUUGAAUACACCACCUCCUGUUCCAUCUACCCUGAUUUUGUCUAAAGUUGAUGAGAGUCCCUGUCCAGUGAGUGUUUCUGCAGACAAAAGUGUUGUUUUUGUACGGAAGCUUUUCCCUUCUCUUUCAAAUCCUUCCAGAAUUGUGGUAGCACCACCUAAAAAUGAUAAUAUAACUACUGAUAACCACGAUGCUGUUUUGCCUGAAGUUGUUUCCUCCCAGACUUUAUUAACCCAGAAUGAGGGUAUUUGGCAACAGACACUGUGGGGUGCUAAUGGAGAUGGCAAAAUAGCCAGUGCUCCUGAUGAAUUUCAAAAUGCUUCAUCCACUUUCCUCGCCAACAGUAGUUCAGCACUGAGAAAAGUGAAACCUGACAGAAUCAGACGGAAGCAAUUUAAAUUAAGUGAACAUGACUGCAGCUCUACAGAUAUCUUAAAAACAAACCAGUCUAAUGAAGAGCACAAAGCUGAUGAAGAACAUAGCACCGUUCCAUCAUCCCCACUGGCAAAAAAUGGAAGCACUGGAAUCAGCCAAUGGUCUCCAUUGAAUUUAUCUGAAAUUCCCCCUUGUACUGCAGAAAAUAAUAUUUUAACAGAACUGCAGCCUGACUUUGAUUCUAGACAGCUUGUCAGGCCACCUAUAAAAAUCACAGACACUGGAUUAAUUAGGAAAAAAAGAAAAUUUGUUUACACUGUUGAGACUUUGAAGCCAAAAGUUAAAGAAAAUGAAACUAACUUUCAGAAGAUGAACACAUCAUCAGGAAUUCCAGAUACUGGACCAGAACUGAGUAGUAAGCAGUCAGAAGAUGCCCCAGAUGAAGCAAGCUGCUGCAGUAAUGAGAAGAAUGCAGAAGAAAAACAAGAAAAACGUACUUUGGAAAACUUGCCUUCAUCUGUGCAAGAAAAAGUCCAGGAUCUUGACAUGUCACAGCUUCACAAAGAUUUUGCACAAGACUUCAGCCAAAUUUCAGACUCUGGUAGACCGACUAAAGGAGUUGCAGAAGAUCAAAACCACUUCUCACCUUCAGCCUGUCUGUUGGCCAUGAAAAAAGCUAAGCAUCAAACAAAACAAGCAAGCCUUCACCAUGACUAUAACAGCAUGAGUAACACAGGACAUACGUCUACCACUAAUCAAAAUCAUUCCACCAAUGAAGGCACCAUAAGUGACAGUGGUUUCCAGUCUGCUGUUGCAGAUAUCACUCACACUGCUUCUUCUUGUAUUGUUCCUUGCUCAGAGAACACUGGAUCAAAAACUGAUAUUCACAGGACUACUCCUUUUCCAUCUACGCACAGAGGAAAUGAAAAAUCCCAGCUCCUGGAAAGACAGACUAUAGAUAGCGAAAGAGAAGGUCAGUUGGACAUGGAGAGCACAUUAACACAACUGCCAAGCAGUCUAAAAGGAACUGAUGAUGGCCUUAACUGCAUUCCACAAAAUGGUCAGGUUCAUGGCAGACUGCUAGAGAAGACAGAUGUUUCUCUUCCACCCGCCCAUGCAUCAGGAUUCAAAACGGCUUCAAAUAAAGGUAUACAAAUUUCCUUGGCCAACCUAGAGAAGGCAAGGCAUCUCUUUGAAGAAAGAGAUGGCGAUCAGCCCACCAAAUGCAACAGUGCCACAAAACAUAAAAAUAGCCAGAGCAAUGGAUCCAUGAAAAGCACAGUUUCUGUAUCAAAUCAGCAACCUUCUGUAAGUGAAAUAUUUGAGGGUGUCAGCUGCCACUUAACAGCUUCACAAAAAGCUGAUGUGACAGAACUGUGCACUCUCUUGGAAGAAGCAGAUAGUCAGUUUGAAUUUACACAGUUCAGAGGUGCGGAAGUAAAACAGCCUUGUCAAGAAAAUGCCUGCUUUCUAGAGAAGACUGACAAAGCCCUUGAUCCUGAUUUUCUUGCAGGCAUAGAUUUUGAUGACAGCUUUAGUUCAGAUGCUGAAAAGCACUUGGCAAUAACUUCCAUGCCUGACAAAAUGACCUGUGUGGUAGAUGAAAAAGCAAAUGGUGGGACAUCAAACAUCACUGAUAAAUCCACCGGUGUAUCAGUGUCGAGUUCUGUUAAAAGAGAAAAUAUCUCUGCUGGAGAGGUGCUUUCCUCUUCAGAAGACAUUCCUGGAAGAAAUAAUUGGCUUAUAUCAACAAAGCAAAAAAGUCUUAACAGAGCUGAGCACGGUGAAGGAAGCAAGAUGGAGAAACCGAAUCCUUUAAUGCUUAGUGUUACCUUUAAGACUGCAGGAGGGAAUGCUUUAAGAGUUUCAAAAACAUGUCUAAGCAAAGCUAGAGCUUUAUUUGCUGAUUUAGAGAUUAAUGUGUCAGAUCUGAAUAUAUCACACAAACAGGCUGCUGAGACUGAUGCAAAAACCAAAAAGAUGUGCAAUGUAGAUUCUGAAAUGGCCACAGCUGAUUUCAAGUUCACUCUCAAAGACAACUGCCACGUUGAAGAGAAAACUUGGAGUUGUUUUUCCAACACCAAACAGCCUGUCUCUGCAUUAAAACAGGCCAGAGACAUGCAAGAUAAAGAUACUACGAAAAGUUUUGAAAACUGCAAAAUGGAUGCAAUUACCAUUUCUGAGGAACAUGCCAUUGUAGACACAGAGCUUGAGAAUGUAAACACUGGACUAAGUAGGCCACAUCCUGAUGAUAUAGAAAUGGAACGUGUUGGUUGUAACACUGUGCUGGAAUUUAAAAAUCCAGUUUCUUUCCAUGAAAACUCAUUUUCCACUUCAAAGCUUCUACCAUGCCCAGCAUCAAAGAGUAUUGAUUCCUCUGCCAUCAGUGAAUUGAGCAGUGGUGAUGGAUUCUGUACAGCCAGUGGGAGGAAAGUAUCCAUGUCAGCUGAUGCAAUGAAAAAGGCUAAAUGUCUUCUGAAUGACAAUUAUUCACUUGAAGACACAAGCAAAAAAAUAAGCCAAAAAGAAAAUGAUUUAAGAACAGCACAGUUCACUGCUCAAAAAAAAGAAUCUAUUCCUAAAACAAGUGGAUUUGACACAGCCACUGGGAAAGGAGUUUCAAUUUCAUCCACAGCUCACAAGAAAGCAAAAUGCCCGUUGAGUGAAUCUGAUAAAGUGUAUCAUAAAAUCAAUGCAAAACCAUCACAUUACAAGAUUCCAGUAUAUGGCCCACCACCCAGCAAUGUAGGAUUUCUUGCAGCCAGUGGAAAGAAAAUAGCAUUUUCCUCCAAGGCCCUUCAGAAGGCCAAAGCACUUUUCAGUGACAUCGGUUUCAGUGCAGACAGUCCAGCUGGUCCUCACCCAAAGAACAGUGACAAGAAAAAUUACGAACAUCCAGACAAAAUGCAGAGUGGUUUGACCACAGAGGGAGAAAACGUCCAUGUCUCAGAGAAACACAUUUUAAAGGACUUUGAAGAUUCUGUUUUAACAAACGCUAUGCAAGAGACAGACUGUGAUAUAGAUGUUAACAAUGGUGAAGAUAUUAUGCAUAUAAGUGGAAGUGGCAGUGACUUAGGAAUUAGACCAGAUCAAAGGGUGACUUCAAACAUUUCUGUAGAGUCUGCAAAUAAACAAGUGAAACAAAAAGACAGUAUGCCACUACAAAGUGGUGGAUUUGGUCCAGUAAAUGGAAAGGGAGUUUCCAUUUCAUCCCUUAAGAGAGCAACAUCCCUGUUGGAGCAAUGUGAUGAAGUGAACAAUAAAAUCAAUGUUAAUCAGUCACACUUGAAGACUUCAGUUUACAGCCCCCUCCCCACAAGUGGUGAAUUUCAUGCAGCCAGUGGAAAGACUUUGACACUUUCACCUGAAGCCCUUCAGAAGGCAAAAACUCUUUUCAGUGAUAUCAUUUCCAGUGCAGAGAGCCCAGUUGUUCCACACACACUGAGCAUAAAACAAAUUGUGAAGUCUGGAAAUGGAUGCACUGAGGACAAAAACAAACAGCUAAAAAAAAAAGAAGCCAGUUUCCCACUACAAAGUGGUGGGUUUCAGACAGCGAGUGGAAAAGGACUUGCCAUUUCAUCUGAAGCCCUCAAGAAAGCAAAAUCUCUGUUGGGUGAAUUUGAUGAAUUGGGUGAUAGAAGUGGAAAGCCGUCAUGUUCAAAGACUCCAGUCCCAGAGAAUGGUGGAUUUCUUGCAGCCAGUGGAAAGCCUGUGGCACGUUCAUCUGAGGCCCUUCAGAAGACUAAACCUCUCUUCAGUGAUCUCAUUUCCAGUGCAGAGAGCCCACAUGCAAAGAACAGUGACAGAAACCAUGACAAUUGUGAACCUAUGGCGAAAAUGCAGAGUGGUUUCAAAACUGCAGGCGGAAAAAAGGUUCAUGUAUCACAGAAAGAUCUUCUGAAUGCAAAACAUCUCUUGAAGGACUUAGAUGAUUCUGUUUUAACAAAAGCAAUGCAAAUGGCAGAAGACUGUGAUAUGGAUGUUAACAAUGGCAUUUCAGAGAAACACAAAAGUGUAGCACCUAUGAUUGGAACAGGCAGUGAUGAGAAAAACCUUCCAGAAACCAGACUACAGCAAAAGGCGACUUUGGGCUUUUCUGUAGAGUCUGAGAAAAGAUACACUGAGGACAAAGACAAACAAGCAGAACAAAAAAAUGACACUUUGUCGCUACAAACAGCGAGUGGAAAAGGAGUUACCAUUGCAUCUGAAGCUCUAAGGAAAGCAAGAUCUCUGUUGGGUGAAUGUGAUGAAGUGGAGGAUAAAAUUGGUAUAAACCCUUCAUGUUCCAGGAUUCCAGUUCAUGACUCACUUCCUCAGAAUGGUGGAUUUCGUGCCGCAAGUGGAAAGCCUGUAGCACUUUCCUCUGAGGGCCUUCAGAGGGCAAAAGCUCUCUUUGGUGAUAUAAGUAUCAGUGCAGAGAUUCCACAUGCAAAGAAUAGUCACAAGAAAUAUGACUACGGUGAAAACACACGGAAAAUGCAAUGUAGCUCCAAAACUGUAGGAGGAGAAAAAGUUCAUGUUUCAGAGCAAAACCUUCUGAAAGCAAAACAUCUUUUGAAGGAAGCUGAUGACUCUGUUUCAAAAAAGGCAAUGCAAGAGGAAGAUGGUUUUACUAAAAAUUGCAAUAUGGAUAUUAACUAUGGAAUUUCAGUAAAACAUGAUAAUACAUUGUCUAUCAGUGACAUUUCUAAGGACUCAGGAAAUGGAUGUACUGAAGUCACAAAUGAACACAUGAAACAAAAAAAAACUUGGCCCCAACAAAGUGUUGGAUUUCAGACAGCAAGUGGAAAAGGAGUCGCUGUUUCAUCUGAAGCUCUGAAGAGAGCCAAAAUCCUUCUAAUUGAAUGUGAAGGAGUUGAGGAUAAAAUCAGUAUAACAGCACCACGGGGUAAGAUUUCGGCUCAUGGUCCACCAUUCAGGAGUAGUGGUUUUCUUGCAGCCAGUGGUAAGCCUGUUGCACUUUCAUCAGAGGCCAUGCAGAAGGCGACAGCUCUUUUCAGUGAUAUUAGUCAGAGCAGAGACACCCCAGCUGUUGCACACACAAGAAGGAGCGAUAAGAAAAUUGAUGCUCACAAUGGAGAGGAAACACAUUGUGGUUUCAGCACUGCAGGGGGAGUUAAAGUCCAAGUGUCCAAAAAAAGUCUUUUGAAAGCAACCAGCCUUUUCAAAGAAUUUGAUGAUGGGGAAUGUCAUGAUUCCCUAUUAUUUUCAACAAGCCCACAAGACAAUCCUAUGCCAAAUCUGUCAAAAGUAGAAGAUGUGGAAGGACCUUCGGGUUCAAACCUCACCACAGCCUCUGACAAGUACAUGUCUACCAAGGGAACUGCCUCUCUUGUAGUUGAAUCUGUGCCCUCCUUGCAAGAGUCUGACCUAAAAAUUGAAAAUUUAAGAGGACAUGGUUGUACAUCUGUCAAUAACAAGGCAGCUAAAGAUGCAUUUAAGUUUCAGGAAGACACCAUAACACCAUCUGGGGCAGGCACUCUGCAUGAUUGCCCUGAAGAGGAAAUGCAGUGUCUGCUGGACUAUGAAAUAAAUAAGGAGAGCAGCACCAAGGAGUCUAAAGUUUUAAAACCAAAUGCGUCUUCAGUUCUUAACUUUCAGUCACUUAACCUUACUGGUUGCACAGAGACCCAGCAAAAAUUUCUUGCCCAGGAAGCUCUGGACUGUACUAAAGCUUUGCUAGAAGAUGAAGGUCUGGCUGACCACAAUCUCUUGAUGACUUUAGAAAAUAUGCCACUACAACAUAGCACAAGUGCCAAUGGGUGUGAAGAGAGUGAAAAGAGAAGAGGGAAAAGAUCAGUGGAAGACACAGAAAUGAAUGGUCAGCCUCCCCUAAAAAGACGGUUACUGGAAGAGUUUGACAGGAGUCUCAUGGAUCCAAAAGCUUCAGGUCUCCACCCAGUCAAAAGUUGUUCCAAUGGUUUAAUGAAGGACAGGGGAGUUUUUAAAUACAGCACCUCCCUUUAUCCAAACAUUACUCGGCCACACAGUGGAAAAACCUAUGUGGAUACUAGAUUCCAAAAGGCACAAAUACAGAACUCAACGACAGGAGACCCCAGGAGCAAAUCAGCACAUUACAAGACAUCAGCAUUUGUUCCUCCAUUUGUCAGAAAUGCAAAGACAGAAACCCAUAAGAAUAUGGUGCUCAAGGAUAGCAUAAGAACACCUUCGGCCUUUGUUCCUCCAUUCAAAAAACAAAGAACUAUUGUUCAAGAGAGUUUCUGUAAAGCGCAUGAGGGGGAAGACAAACACCAAAAACCGUUUGUAAUGUCAUCUAACAGCAAGUGUUUCGUGCCGCCCACUAAAAAAACACAAGGCGCUGCGGAUGGAACUGCUGUGGCUGCAGCUCGAAGUGACGAUAUGAAUAAUCAAAGCUUACCUGUUGACUUCAGGUCUGUCAGUGCUGUUGGAGAGACAUCAGAUGUAGAUGGCACAUGUUCAAGAAGCCAAGAUGUAUAUCAGAAUCUUCAGAACACUGAGCUGGCACAGGAUAUGCAAGACAUGAGGAUCAGGAAGAAGAAGCGCCAGAACAUUCGACCUCUUCCAGGGAGCUUGUAUCUUAAAAAAACAUCAGGAGUACCCAGGAUCCCACUAAAAGCUGCAGUGAAUGGAAAGAUCCCAGGAAGAUACACCCCAAAAAAGCUUUAUGGAUAUGGAGUCCAAAAAUAUGUUUCCGAUAUCACCAGUGAGAAUGCAGAAUCUUUCCGCUUCAGCCUGCUGCAGUUCAUCAAACUGGAAGCCUUUACAGAUGAAGGUGGAGUUCAGCUUGCUGAUGGAGGAUGGCUGGUCCCCAGCAAUGAUGGGACUGCGGGGAAAGAAGAGUUUUAUAGAGCUUUAUGUGACACCCCGGGUGUGGAUCCUAAACUGAUCAGUGAAGCAUGGGUGUACAAUCACUACAGAUGGAUUGUGUGGAAGCAGGCCUCUAUGGAAAAAUCUUUUCCAGAAAUAGUGGGCAGCCGGUGUCUCACACCCGAGCAGGUUCUCCUCCAACUUAAGUACAGAUAUGAUGUAGAGGUGGACCACAGCCGCAGGCCAGCUCUGAGAAAGAUCAUGGAAAAGGAUGACACGGCAGCCAAAACCCUGGUUCUCUGUGUUUGCGAUAUCAUCUCCAGGGGUCACUCCCCAAAAACACAGAGUCACAAUGACACCAAAACCCCUCACAGUGCAGAUGCAAAGGUUGAAACUUCAGCUGCACUCAUUUGGCUGACAGAUGGUUGGUAUGCCAUUAAAGCUCAGCUGGAUGAACCUUUGACUGCAAUGGUUCACAAAGGUCGACUGGCUGUCGGGGGCAAGUUGAUCAUCCAUGGGGCUCAGCUGGUCGGAUCACAAGAUGCUUGCUCCCCUCUGGAGGCGCCUGAAUCUCUGAUGUUAAAGAUCUGUGCCAAUAGCUGCAGACCUGUACAAUGGGAUGCUAAGCUAGGAUUUCACAAGGAUCCUCGGCCAUUCCUCCUUCCAAUCUCCUGUUUGUAUAGCAAUGGAGGUCCAGUAGGAUCUGUUGACAUUGUUGUACUGAGAAGCUAUCCCAUGCAGUGGAUGGAGAGGAAGCCAGAUGGCAGUGUUGUAUUCCGUUCUUCACGUGCAGAAGAGAAGGAGGCGAGACGAUACAACAGUCACAAACAAAAAGCAAUGGAAAUCUUAUUUGCCAAGAUUCAAUCUGAAUUUGAAAAUGAAGAAAAAGGGAAUAUCAAAACACAGCGGCGAAGAAAAACAAUCAGUCAUCAAGAAAUUGCAAAUCUGCAGGAUGGAGAAGAGCUGUAUGAAGUAGUGGGAGAUGACCCGGCUUACCUUGAGGCUCAUUUGAGUGCACAACAGUUGGAGGCCCUUCAUACCUACAGACGCUCUCUGAUGGAGAAGAAGCAGGCUGAACUGCAGGAUCGAUAUCACCGUGCUCUGGAAGCAGAGGACAAUGAAAUGAACUGCCCCAAACGAGAGGUUACACCCGUGUGGAGACUCUGCAUUGCCGACUCCAUGGAGCAACCCGGCAGGGUUUACCAGCUGAAUCUUUGGCGACCUUCCUCAGAUCUACAGUCUUUACUAAAGGAAGGCUGUCGAUUCAAAGUCUAUAACCUCACCACUUCAGAUGGAAAGAAACGCAGCUGUAUCGAACCUGUUCAACUCACUGGGACAAAGAAAACACAAUUUCAAGAGCUCCAGGCAUCACAUGAAUGGUUGUCAGCAUAUUUCCAACCAAGAGUUUGCACAAAUUUUGUGAAUCUUCAAAAUCCAGAUUUUGAGCCACUGUGUGGAGAAAUUGAUCUAGCAGGAUAUGUAAUCAGUGUUGUAGAUGGAAAGGGUUCAUCUCCUGCAUUUUAUUUGGCUGAUGAGAAACUGAAUUUUGUGAAAGUUCGCUGUUUCAGCAGCUUGUCUCAGACUGGCCUAGAAGACGUGGUAAAACCACGCGUCAUAUUGGCUCUGAGCAACCUCCAGCUCAGAGGUCAGUCAAUGCAUCCCACGCCUGUUGUGUAUGCUGGAGAUCUGACAAGUUUUUCUACAAAUCCUAAAGAGGUUCAUCUACAGGAAUCUUUCAGCCAGCUUAAAACUCUGGUCCAGUGUCAGGAGAGCUUCUUUGUAACUGCUGAAGAGAAGCUUUCAGAAUUAGUCAGAUCAAAUGGCCUUAGCUCCAGCUCCUCUCCAGCUCUCCAAAGACAAACACCAGCUUCUCUAACAGACAGAAGACAAGACAUAAAGUCAAGUGUGAUUUCUCAGAAGCCAGGCAGAAACCUUGGAUCCUUCACACCUGUCGGCAGGAAGUCUCCUACACCAACAUCUUCAGCAGAAAAAGAUCCCAAAAGCCUGAAAAGGAGGAGAGCACUGGACUAUCUGUCUCGUAUCCCGUCUCCACCACCUCUUUCCCAUCUGGGCUCAGUGGCUUCUCCAUGUGUAAAUAAUACAUUCAACCCACCUCGGAGGUCUGUGACACCAAGCACUUUAAAAACUGUACAGACACCAUCUCACAAACCCGCUGACUCACUAGGAGAGGAUGAAUGGGUGAAUGAUGAGGAACUGGCUAUGAUUGAUACUCAGGCACUGCGUGUUAAUUUAAUCUAGAUACAUACCACUGUGUGAUGACAAACACGCUACAGCUUUUCAAUUGACUGAAUGUAAAUGUUAAGGUUCCGUGUGUAUAUAACACACAUUUUUUAGGGUUUUUUGUAGACUUGUUGGCCUCAUAAAAUGGGGAAAGUAAAUAUUGAAAUCAUGUCACUUCACAAUGUUUUACAAUUUUAUACUUGU